AUGGGUAAUGCCUCCGAAACAUAUCUGUUUGUUUCCAGAAUAUCAAAAGACAAUGACUUCCUCAUGGGGACGCUGUAUGCGAUUUUUGGUGUGCUCUCGGUGCUGGGGAACGGGAUCCUGCUGUUUGUGGCCUAUAGAAAAAAGUCCUCCUUGAAGCCAGCAGAGUACUUUGUAGUCAACUUGGCCAUUAGUGAUCUGAUGAUGACCAUGUCCCUCUUCCCCAUUGCUGUGCCAUCAUCCUACGCUCAUAAGUGGCUGUACAAUAAGACAACCUGCACCGUUUACGCCUUCUGCGGUGUUUUGUUUGGCCUGUGCAGUCUGACCAACCUGACAGUGCUCUCCUCUGUCUGCUGGCUUAAAGUCUGCUGCCCAAACUAUGGCAACAAGUUCUCCUACUGCCACGCUUGCUUGCUGGUCGCUGGGGUCUGGUGCUAUGCUAGUGUAUUUGCUGUGGGGCCCUUGUCAGGCUGGGGAAAGUACGGGCCCGAGCCAUACGGUACAGCAUGCUGCAUUGACUGGCACGCACCCAGCCAGAACUCUUCAGCUAUGAGCUACAUCAUCUGCCUCUUCUUCUUCUGCUACAUUGUACCCUGCAUGGUCAUCUUCCUGUCCUACAUGUUCAUCUUGUUGACUGUCCGUGGCUCCCGCCAAGCAGUGCAGCAGCACAUGUCUCCUCAAAACAAGAUUACAAACGCCCAUUCACUUAUUAUCAAGCUGUCAGUGGCAGUUUGCAUCGGUUUCCUGACAGCAUGGAGUCCAUAUGCGAUUGUAUCCAUGUGGGCAGCAUUUGGUAACCCCUCCACUGUACCACCCAUGGCUUUCGCAGUGGCUGCUAUCUUCGCCAAAUCCUCUACACUUUACAACCCUAUUGUCUAUUUAGUUUUCAAGCCCAACUUCCGCAAGUCCCUCUGUCGGGAUGUAGCUCAGUGCAGAAGGUCACUCUUUGGGUGUUUGUGUGAGCCCAACUCCACCCAGAAGGGAUUGUGCAGGCAGACUCAUCACAAAGAAGAGUGCAACUCUACACGGUUGUCCAACGGGCUGCUGGAGAACCAUGGCCCAUGCAGACACUGUCCUUGUCCUGACAUCACGACUACAAGAGAAAAUUGUAUCGACUACAGCCUUCAACAGACUGCAACAAUCCUCCGAGGGUCGCAACAUAGUGAAGUAGCUGUCAGUCAACUCUCCAAUGAGCAGCAGAGUGACUUCCUCUAA